GUACGUGGCGCGCAUCCCACGGACGCGCGCGCGGCCAGCCAGCCACCGGAUAAAGCCGUCAACCCUAGCCGCCCGACCUCUCUCCCUCCCGCCGUCGGCCCUCGUCCGCGCGCCACCCACCUUCCCGUCCCCGACGGGCACGUCCUCGAGCUCCGCCCCACUCCCCUGUGCCACCACGCCGGAGAAAUCGGCCCGGUACGUCUUCCUCGCCUCCGGCUGCUCUGUCGCCGCCGUCGAUUCGUCGUCUCCGCCGCCGCCGCACCCCGGCUGCUUCUCCCCUUCGCCUCCUUGACUCGUGCGUCCUCGUGUCUCCCCCAUCCCAUAUUCCCUCCCAUGGCGUCCGUGCCGUGGGCUGACCUGGAGGCCGCCAUCGCGGCGCUCCCCGGCAGGAAGCAGCGGCUGCGGGAGUCCUACGACCGCCUCGUCGCCCGCGCGCCGCCCGAUCUCCGCCUCCCCUUCGCCUGGGACGACAUCGACGCCCACGUGUCCUCCCUCCACGCCUCCUUCUCCCUCCGCUUCCGCCAGAUGAUGCUGCAGCAGCAGCGGCCCCACCCCGCCGUCCCCUCGCCCGCAACCGCGACCCACGACGACCAGCAGCCCCACCCCGCAACCCCCGAGGAUGUGCAGCCCCACCCCGGCGCCACCGUGUCCCCAGCCCACGACGACGAGGAGAUGGUUUUCAAGGAUGAGGACGCCUCUCCCGUCCAAGAGGAUGAUGGUGUGGGGAAAGAUAGGGAGGGCGAGGAGAUGGUUAUCAAGGAUGAAGACGUCUCUACUGUCCAAGAGGAUGAUGAUGUGGGGAAAGAUAUGGAGGACACGGGCAUGGGCGGCUUUGAGGGGGCGACAAGCUGCCAUGCCGCCGGGGGAACUCGUGAUCAAGAGUUUCCGGUGCCGAUGGGGGAUCACGGUCACGGCCCGGACGCCGGCAACCGUAUGCUCCGGCAGCCAUACAUGGCGUUCCCGCCGCCGACUGAUGUGCUUAGCCGCCAGCUGAAUCUUGCCAUGCUGCAGCGACAGCCACCAUACAUGCCGCACCUGCAGGGGUUUCCUGCCAUGAAUACCUUCAAUAUUCCUCCCAUGGUCCAGCAGAUGCCGUACUUCAAUAUUCCUCCUAUGAUGCAGCAGCCGCCGUACUUCAGGCAAGAAUUCCUUCCUGAUUUCAGCCAGAAAUUCUUCCCUGAUGUGAUGAUGGGGCAACCCCCGAUGGGCAUCGACCAUGCGCUCCAGCAGCAGUACAUGGCGAUGGCGCACCAUCAACAUCGCUUAGCACAGCAGCAGUACAUGGCGAUUGCGCAACAUCAACGAUGCUUCCCGCAGCAGCAAUACAUGGCGAUUGCGCAACAUCAACAUUGCUUCCAACAGCAGCAGCAGUACAUGGCGCAACAUGAACACCGCUUCCCUGCUGCACAGGCUGCCAGUGCUCAUGGUCAGGGAUCAAACGCUAAGCGUGGUCGACCGUGCAGGACUACAGAUAUGGACGCCAUGAACGUGCUAGUGAGAGAGCCAAUUAAGAAGAGCAGGCCUAUCCAGCAUGAUGUCGAACCAAAGCCGAUCAACAAGCCGAUUCAGAAGAAGACCAUGUACGAUUAUUUUUGAUAGACGACUCGUGCGUUGAUAUGUUAAAUUAACAAAAUCAAAGUGAGGAAAACCUAGUCCAAAGGUACCGCCGUGUGGGCAACAUUUUGUGACCAUUUACCUUUUGACAUGAUUUUUUCAUGAUACUAUUAUUUUCAUUAUUAAAAAAAGUUAUUUAACAUAA